AAGUACAUCUGUGAAGUGUCAAAUUAUUUGUUUUGAUUUUUUUUUUCAUGAAAAACAUUUUCCAAUUUUGUUUUGUCCAAAAAACAUGAACAAUUCAAACAAAAAUUAUUUCGUUCCUAGAGUAAAUCAGCUAGAUGCAAUUUACUUGAACAAAGACAUUACCCGGCAAAUAAGAGAGAAUCUUUUAGGCAAUCUUCAAGCUAUUUCGCCGAUUCUAUUUGCUAAAGUUCAACCAGAAGUUGACUUAAUUGUUCAAUCUGCAAUAUGGCUUGGAUCAAUUGGCAAACAUUGUUCAUCAUUUGGACAACAAUUACUUGUUCUUUCAUACGAACGUGAAAGUUUAACUAUGACGCGUCUGGGAUUACACUUUGCAUUGACUGUCUUACCAAAGUAUGCUAAGAGUAACGCUGAAUAUAGACUUGCUACAAGAGAUUGGGUUCGCAAAACAAUCGAAUGGGGCGAAAAUAUAGCUUUAGUGCUAUCUGUGUUGAAUUUCUUUCGGUUUCUGAAAACCGGCAGAAAACCAUCACUAAUUGACUAUAUGCUCGGUUUAGAUUUUAUUAGCCUUCGUGCAAAUCAAAGGAGAGAAAUAGGCUACAAGUAUUUAACGCGUGAAUUGAUUUGGGGUGGAUUUAUGGAACUUCUUGGACUUGUCUUGCCUAUUAUAAACUUUCAUAAAAUUCAAAGAAUGCUUCGUAGAAGCUUUUUUGGAUCUUCGAUUUCUUCUGCAACAAAGGGCGGCGUACUCAAAGCUCCAAAAUUAAAUAUAAAUACAAACUGUGCCUACUGUGGUGAUAGGCCAACAUUACCACAUCAUAUUGGAUGCGGACACAUCUAUUGUUUCUAUUGCAUUCAAGCAAAUACUCUGACUGAUUCGAGAUUUUGUUGUACCGUAUGUGAUAGAGAGUGCUCCGAUGGUGUAUUCCCAGUGAGCUACACUUCAUAAACAAAAAACGAUAUAGGAUUUGGUUAAUAUUGUUUUGAUUUUGUUAAUUUUAAGUAUAAAUUCGGUUGUGUACAAAAAUUUAAUUGUAAAUAAUUGGAAUUUAAGAAUUUUUAUUUUAUAUUAAAAUGGUAUCAUUGA